CUUAUUGAUUCUUGUGUGCCUGAUUGAAAGGUAUAUAAACCACAUCAGUCUCCCGUCUUUCAUCCUACACCUCACCAUUCCUACAUUAAACAUGUCUUCUACACAAAAAGUUCACAUUCUCAUCACUGGUGCAAACCAAGGCUUAGGCUUCGUUAGCGCUCAACAACUUUUACGUCAAGGUGAUAAUUUGCAUAUUUAUAUCGCCGCUCGUGAUCCAAAGAAAGGACAAGAAGCUUUACAGAAGCUGAAUGAACAAUCUGACAAAAAAGCAAGCAAUUCAGUGGAGCUAGUUGAAUUGGAUAUCACAAAUGAUGAUUCGAUCGAUCAAAUUACCAAACAAGUUAAACAACUAGACAUCCUCGUCAAUAAUGCGGCUAUCUCGGGUGGAAUGGAAGAAGCUAAAGGCGCUUCUGCCAUCCGUAAACAACUUCAAAAUGUUUAUAACACGAAUAUCUUCGGUACAGUCGCACUUACCGAUGCACUUUUACCUUUGCUAACAACGGGCACGCAUUCCGUCAAGCCGGCAAUCAUCAAUAUCAGUUCCGAUUUAGGAAGCUUUGGAAAUCAAAACAAUCCAGAUUGGAGACACUACAAAAUUCCAUUCGCAUUUUAUCCUUCUACAAAAUCUGCUUUAAACAUGUUUACAACCGUUUAUGCAAAGAAGCUUCCCGAUCUUCGUAUCAUUUCUGUCAAUCCCGGGUAUACUGCAACAAACUUCAACGGUAACACUGGAUACAAAACACCCGAAGAAGGAGCAAGCGCAUACACUCAUGCAAUUCUUAAUUUCAAUGGUCCUUCUGAUACAUUUGUAGAACAAGGAGGUAAAACGAUACCAUGGUAAUCUGGUGAUGUACAAUCUCUUGCUUUUUCUUACCAAUUCAAUGGUUCGCCAGUUUCGCGUAAAUAAGAA